AUGACCCCGGACAUCGGUUUGCCUCCGGAGCUUGACGCUCUGAAAAACACCGUCCGCCAGAUCAUCCGCGACGAAUGCGUCCCCCUGGAACCGGAGUAUCUGGCCCAUCCUCCCCUGGAAGGCGAACCGGACAACGGGGCUCCGCGCGGUGUUCUCGAGACCGUGCCCGGGGUCCUGGGCACCCUUUCAGCGGACCAGUGGGACCGCCUGCACCACGUCUCCAAGCAGACGGGCAUCUACACUUCCUUCGUGCCGGAGGAAUACGGCGGUGGCGGUAUGGGAGCCCUGGGCCAUCUGGUCCUGGAGGAGGAGGUGCACCGCAGCAUCGUUCACCUGCCCACCUCCCCGGUUCCCAUGUUCAUGAUCGGCGCGUGCACCCCGGAGCAGGAGGAGAAAUACCUCUAUCCCGCCACCCAGGUUCUCGGCGAGGUCGGCGGCGGAUUCACCCUCGGACAACAAUGGCUGGUUCACCACGACCGCCUCCUGCGCGGGGCGAUGGCCCUGGGCAUCCUGACCCGAGCCCUGGAAAUGGCGAUCGAAUGGUCCCAGCAGCGCAUCACCUACGGGCGUCCGAUUGCCGACCGGCAGGCCAUCCAGUGGAUGCUCACCGACGUAUACAUGGACAUCGUCGCCCUCCGCUCGGUCGCCCGCGAAACCGCGGCGCGCGCCGACGCCGGCGAGGACGUGCGUGUCGAAGCGUCCAUGGUCAAGUACGCCGCCGGGGAGUGGGGUUGGCGCAGCAUCGACAAGAUAAUGCAGGUCUUCGGCGGCAUGGGCGAAACCCUGGACCUGCCCAUUGCUCACUGGUAUCACAUGCUCCGGCACGCCCGCAUCGGCGGCGGCACCUCCGAGAUACACAAAUUUGUCAUGGCCCGGGCGCUGCUCGGAGGCCGGGUCAACUUUCAGGGAUAG